AUGGCCCCAAUAUUAGGAAAGCGCAAGUCUAGACCGCAAGAAAUUGACAGCGCGGCCGUUGAAGACGCGCAGGAAAUAUUCCGCCGACACUUUGAGGCUCAAUUUGCGCCCCUCGCCGGGGCAUCUCCAUCGCGACAAGCAACGCAGCAAUGUGAUGACGAGGAUGACGAGGAUGAAGAGUUCGGAAUUUCAGACGUGGACUCAGAUGACGACGGACCAGACGAAUGGGGUGGACUCUCUGAGGAUUCGGAGGAUUCGGAGGGGGAUGUCAGUGAGGACGACGACAUGAGCGGCGAUCAAGAAAUCAAUGUCGUUGAAGUUGUGGACUAUUCAUCAAAUGCGCCGAGUCUAGAUCCGACACUAUCAAUGUCCAAAAAAGAGCUCAAAGCCUAUAUGUCUUCCCGACCACCGUCGUUGACCAAUGAUGGCAAGAAACCAAAAGAACCGCCCGCAAGGACUAAAAAGAAACCAGGAAGCGACCCUGAAGAUUCAGCCGACCUGCUUGCAAACGAUCUCGCCCUCCAACGCCUCCUGUCCGAAUCCCACCUUCUGAACCAGGCGGCCGGCAACCUCUCCUCCUCGUCGAUGCUUCUGUCCUCGGUGUCGGCCUCGAACCCGACGGCGGCGAAGUCGUUCGCCGAGGGCCGCCUCCGCCGAAAGACGACGGACCUGCGCAUGCAGAAACUCGGCGCCAAGGAGUCCAGCUUCAAGCAGAAGAGCAUGCCCAUCGCGAUGCGAAAGGGCAUCGUCAAGGCCGGGGCCGACAAGGAGGCCAGGAGAAGGCGGGAGGCCAAGGAGUGCGGCGUCAUCCUGGAGACGGCCAAGAGCAGUGGCGACAGGAGGAGACCUCCGAGCAGCACCAACGGCAACAGGCGCAGCAAGGACGUCGGCCUGCCAGGCGUCGGGAGGAUGCGUGGGGCCGAGCUGAGGAUCAGCGCCAAGGAUAUACGGGACGUGGAGGGGAGGAGAUCAAGCGGUGGUGAGAAGCGUAAGAAGAGAAGGAGAUAA